AUCACAAUGGCAGACUUCAAGAAGCUGCGUAUCGGCUUUGUGCACCCAGACUUGGGCAUCGGCGGUGCUGAGCGCCUCGUCGUCGACGCGGCCGUCGCGCUCAAGCAGAUGGGCCACGACGUGGUCAUGUUCACGUCGCGACACGACCCGGCGCGAUGCUUCGAAGAGACUCGAGACGGCACCCUCCCCGUCCAUGUCCUCGCCUCGCGCAUCCCGCAGCGCCUGCACCCCAAGGUGCCAAUGACCAUCGUCUUCUCGAUCCUGCGCUCAAUCGCCCUCAGCUUCCUCGUCUUCUUCUCCCACAUCCUUCCUCCUCCCGUCGGUAUUCUUAACCCUCUCGCUCCGCUCGACAAGUUCGAUGUGUUCAUCGUCGACCAGCAGUCGGUGUGCGUGCCCUUCCUCCGCGCGCUGACGGGUUCACCGGUCGUCUUCUACUGCCACUUCCCCGACAAGCUCCUCUCCGGCGGCUGGGUUAUCGACUCGUCUUCGUCCCCAGGCAAUGUGUCGCUGUCGCGCCAGAACGCUUCGCUGCUCAAGAAGCUGUACCGCUGGCCUAUUGACCGCCUGGAGGAGUGGACGACAGGCCAAUCGGACGUGAUCCUCUCCAACUCACAAUUCACGUCGCAGGUGUAUGCGUCGGCGUUCAAAUCACUCGCCAAGCGCACACCAAAGGUUGUGUACCCCGCUAUCGAUGUCGCUGCGUAUCAGAAGGCUGCGCCAGAGUCGGGGGAUGGUGUCGAGCAGGUCGCAGAUGAGCGUCUCACUCUCGUUUCGUUCAACCGCUUCGAGGCAAAGAAGAACGUCGCUUUGGCGAUCGAGUCGUUUGCUAAGGUGAAGAAGGAGGGACUUGUCACCAAGUCGAUCGCGCGGGAUCUCCGCCUCGUCGUUGGAGGUGGAUACGAUGACGCGCUGGCAGACAAUCGCGAUACUCUCGUCAAGCUUCAGAAGAUGUGUGACACCCUCGGCCUCUCGCACUACACCCUCACGUCGCAGACCGCGUCGCCAGCACCCAAGGGCAUCGACGUGCUUUUCGUGCUCAACUUCUCGACGGCGCAGCGCUCCGCCCUCCUCCUCGCGGAGUCGACGGUCGCCCUGCUCUAUACCCCGGCACACGAGCACUUUGGCAUCGUGCCCAUCGAGGCCAUGGCCUGCGGCCUGCCCGUCCUCGCAGCGAACAGCGGCGGGCCCACCGAGACUGUCGUCGACUUUGCGUCCAAGGACGAGCCGCCAACAGGAUUCCUCCGCGAGCCGACGGCAGAGGAGUGGGCACCUGCGAUCGCUGACCUCGUCACCCUCUCCAGUGCCGACCGUGCAAAGGUGUCGGAGAACGGCAAGAAGCGGGUGCAGGACCACUUCAGCUCCGAGUCCCUCGGACGCGACCUCGACAGCGCGUGCAGGCAAGCCUCGCGCUUCGACCCACACACCCUGAUCGGCGACAAGCUGAUCGCUUACGGCCUGACUCUUGUCAUCGCGGCCCUGAUCGGCCUUUAUGUUGCUGUCAAGUGGGGUGGCUUCGAGCUGCCCGACAUGACGCCGCCAGCGGACGAGUAGCUACUCUAUAGAUCUUGCAUAUGCUACAUGGUGUCAUUCAAAGUCCCAGACCACGAGGCGUGUGUCUGGUGGUUUGCGCUGCGUGGUGGGGGCGAGAAGCUCGUCGUCACCUCCGUCGCUUUCCGAGUCCGAGUCGAACUCGUCGCUGGACGCAUCGUCGACUGUGUUUUGGAGGUAUGCUCGCGACCCCGCGGCUGUGAGGACCAGCGGUUUGUAGGGGUGGAGCUGGACCGAGUGUAGGGCAUCUUCGUGUAGCUUGUCCUCGAGCAGGAG